AUGGAUCGUACCGAAGAUGGGUCUCCUGACGUUGCACCAGCUUGUUUCUGGCAAUAUGCAAUCUAUUACUGGCUUGAUCAUUACACCAAGAUAUUAGGUCAGGAUUAUCGAGCAAAGGCCGACCCAGAUCUUCUCCAGUUCAUCUUUGAGUACAAAGGGCACAGAUUUAUCGCAUGGCUGCGAGAGAUGCUCAUCGUACUUGAUGAACAACUUAAGCGAGACGACGUCUUGAGUAACAGAACCCUACUGCUACAUCUGUCAUAUCUCGAGUCCCUGAAGGCUAAGCAGCAACCUGCAAUUUUUGUCGCUUCAGUCUAUGGAAUCUCCAUAAUAUUGGAAAGACUUGAGCGUGAGCACACCAACGUGGAUUGGAAUGAAAAGAAUAUAUACGGGACAUCGGAUCUCUACCUGAGUGCGAUUCGCGGUCAAGACGACAUUUUGAAGUAUCUCCUCAGCCAUGGAGUUGACCCGAACAUGGUUGGAGGGCGCUUCAAAACACCGAUACAGGGUGCUGCUAUCCGUGGACAUGCUAGCACCGUUGAAAUACUUCUUAACAGCGGCGCUGAUCCGCUUCUGGAAGGCCGAUAUCCUACAGCUCUUCACGCUGCCAUUUUGGGUGGCCAUGAGCCUGUAAUCCAACUACUUGUCGGUAACAGCUCGUGCCAUCAAGCGGCAAAAUUGGGAAGUUUGGUCCAAGCAGGAUUUUACUUCGGCCGUUACGAUGCAGUUAUGUCCCUCCUCCGCCAAUAUUUCGAUAAUGAAGUGAAUUCGAAGAAAUUCCAGGAUGAAUCAAAUGUAGGGAUCAGUAUUGCUCUGCAGGCAGCUCUCUACGGGACCAAGAACGCUGAUACGAACAACGCCCGUAUUAUGAAGCUUCUGGAAGAGAUAUCAGAUAUCAACGAACCAGGUGGAUUGUUCGGUAACGCGCUACAAGCAGCGAGUUUCGGUGGUUCAGCCGCAUGGGUGCACAUGGUUCUUGAACGCGGAGCUGAUCCUGACUCCAUUGGCUACUGCGGUUCAGCUCUCCGAGCAGCAUCGUUUGGUGGCCACAAUGAGGUUGUCCGUCUUCUCCUUGAGCGAGGCGCAACCCUGGGCCCCGGCAACAAGGACGCGCUCGAGGCCUGCGCCCUGAAAAACCGUCUAACGAACACAUCUGAAUACGAUGAAUGCAAGCGACACUUCGGUGCGGCUAUGCGGACGGCGAGACGAGAGAACCGCUACCGAAUGGUCGACUUCAUGUUAGAGAACGGUGCGGGAUUUUUGCGCCGAGAUACUUUGGAGGAUGUCGCUGUAGGCGGUGGAGGUAGAUGGGGAGAUGGCGGUUAUAGCCCCAAUCCUGUUCUUGACAUUUUCAUCAAUGUCACAGAUAACGUGCCGGAUAGACUGGUAGGCGGCGGCAAGUAA